CAACACCGUGUUUGUCUAUUGUAUUGAAACUUGGCCAAAGUUCAUGGGUUGAUCAACCACAUGCUCCAAGAACGAGUUAAACGGGAACCGUUGGUGUGAGUCUGUACAGCGGCGUUAACUGCUCCGGUGCAGAGCCCAGAUCGCCAAAGGCCUCGAUGGGAUAUACGUAUUUUCUUUUCCUUGCUGGAAGGGUAUUACUAGACGAAGGGUGGCAGCAGAGCACUCACCGGCCGCCCCAAUGGCCCGAGAAAGAGCCAUUUUCGGCGGGAUCGUGCUCCCAUACCCCGAGACUGAAGCGCACACUCAACUAUAAUAGGAAUCUCCUCGUCAUACUGGGUCGGGGUCACGUAGGAUCAAUGGCUGUCGCGAUGAAGAGCAUCACCCUCCCCAAACAAUGAGUGCAGUGCUGGAACCGUGACAAUCGGAACCCGCCGUACUUCGAAAACCAGACGGGUAACUUUCCAUGAUCCGGGAGCCAGUUUCCAGUCAUGAACCUGAGUUUGUCGAUUUCAUAAUUCCCCCGCGACGUGUUGUCGUUACACCAGUCUGGACCGAAACCAACGAUCCCAAGAGGUCGGCAUCAGUCACACCAUCCAACUUCCCCCAAGUCUAACCAUAGCCACUAUUGCUCGUAUCUCUUUCCGUUCUUUGGGUUUAUCACCUCCCAACAGCUCAUACAUUUCGCAGCCCACAAUGUCCCAGCUCACGGCAGAAACUCCGCACCCACCCGAACGAACUCCCGAAGACGCAGUAGCCCUCUUCAAAGCCAUCGAGGACAAAUUCCCCUCUGCUACGCUCGGAGACGAUCGAUGGUACCUCAUUCCUAUUGCUGCUCUUCCUGGCUCCGGCCAGCCGGAAUUCGCCAUACAGCUAUACACAUAUCUCAUCUCGAAGCCUGAGUAUUCUACACCCGAGGCCCGUCAGAAGCUGGUCCGACGCCUGAGAGAAGCGCUGGUGAAAUGCGUCUCCAUCAUCGGGGUGUGUCGCCCGUUAGAAGUAAUCUUCGGCAUAUCAAAGAUUGAAAGGCCGGAGGAUAAGGACUACUCAUUCUCCAGGGAACACUGGCAAUCUGGGCCCGCCAACCACGCCCGCGGCAAAGCCUGGCUCGACCGCAUCUACAAGCACAACAUCCUCUCCAUCAACGACGCGCUGGCCUCCCAUAAGGAUUUCGCAUGGAUCUCGUACCAAAUCACCUACGGCCUCUACCUCUCCGACCACUCCGUCAUCGAUGACGUUGAGACCGAAUUGGUCGUCUUGUCGGGUAUUAUGAUUCAGAACCUGAGAAGUGAGACGCAUUGGCAUCUGAGAGGGACGAGGAGGGUGGGUGUGAGUAUGGAGGAUGUGGAGAAGGUGCAUCAGUGUAUUGAGCUUGUUGCGGACUUUGCGAGGGUGAGGGUUGAUAAGGUACCUCGUGUAGCUGAUAUUGAGCAUGAGGUUUGA